CACCCCAGCCCUCCUGGGCAGACCUGUCCACCCCGGCUCCAGUGAGCAAAGGACUCUGAUGCCUGCAGACGGUGGGCGCUGAGAGACAAGAUUCCUCUCCUUGUACUCCCUGUGCUGUCCCUGGAAGGACACCUUGAGAGCCAGCCUUCAGGAGACAGUUGUGCUGUGACAGUAGUAAAGGCUUAGAAAGAAAGCCGAGGACCACGGACAGACUGUGUUGUCUGGGUGCAGCUGCUUCCAUCCUUCACCUUCCACCCCAAGGUUCUGCAGCACCAUGGUCGUGCAGGAGAGUGCGGGUCCUGGGGACACCAGGGUGGGUGUGCAGCUGGAGCCCUUCCUGCACCAGGGGGGACAUGUGAGUGUGAUGAGGUAUGACGAACACACAGUGUGCAAGCCCCUCAUUUCCCAGGAGCAGAGGUUCUACGAAUCCCUGCCAUUGGCCAUGAAGCAGUUCACCCCACAGUACAAAGGUACCAUCACAGUGCACCUCCAGAGAGACAGCAGGGGCCACCUCAGCCUGGUUGCCCACCCUCUGAAGGAGAAUCGGGAACCCUUCAAGGUCUCCCCAAAGUCAGCAGCAGUGACCAUCUGGCAGACACUUCAGCAGACCACUGGCAGUGGAAGCAGUGCCAGCCCCCUGGCCCAACUGGCACACUCACUCAAGGAGAGCCCAGCCGAGGCACUCCUGAGGUCUGAGCUUCACUUCAGCACCCAAGUCUCCUCAAUGCUAGAAGACGCUAAUGGGAACCAGGUCGAGAAGAAGAGCUUUAACCCUUGGGGCCUGCACUGCCACGAGGCCCACUUGACCCGCCUGUGCUCUGAGUACCCAGAGGACAAGCGGCACCGGUUCUUGCUGCUGGAAAAUGUGGUGUCACAAUACACACAUCCCUGCAUUCUGGACCUGAAGAUGGGGACCCGGCAGCAUGGGGAUGAUGCAUCUGAGGAGAAGAAGGCCCGCCACAUUCGGAAGUGUGCACAGAGCACCUCAUCCUGCCUAGGCGUGCGCAUCUGUGGCAUGCAGGUUUAUCAAACCGAUAAGAAGCAUUUUCUCUGCAAAGACAAAUACUAUGGAAGAAAGCUCUCAGUGGAGGGGUUCAGACAAGCCCUGUAUCAGUUCCUGCACGACGGGACCCGCCUCCGGAUGGAGCUCCUGGAGCCCAUCCUGCACCAGCUCCAGGCUCUCCUCUCGGUCAUCAGGAGCCAGAGCUCAUACCGCUUCUACUCCAGCUCCCUUCUCAUCAUCUACGAUGGGCAGGAGCUACCAGAGAGAACCCCAGGCUACCUGCGUCCUCAGGAUGCUCCCGGAGGUCCAGCCAAAGUCAACAUCCGGAUGAUCGACUUUGCUCACACAACAUACAAGGGCUCCUGGAAAGAGCACACUACCUAUGAUGGACCAGAUCCUGGCUAUAUUUUUGGCCUAGAAAACCUCAUCAGGAUCUUACAGGAUAUCCAAGAGGGACAAUGAAACUUCUGGAAUUUUCUGAGCUACAAACGUUGAAAAGGGACCUAUCAGUAGCUAGGGUAGUCUAGAUACUCUUUAGAUGUUUUUGUAAUAAUCAGAUCUACCUUCAAAAGCCAUCUUAAACAUGGCAGACUAUAUAAAAGCUGCUAAAGUAAUCCACUCUGAAGCCAAUUCCAUGCACCCUGGCAUCUUCUAUAUGCUGGUCAUUAUCCAACUGACAGUGUAAAGUGGCACCAUCACGGAUCACACAGGAGGGGUGCAGCAUGAGUCAGAGGCCAGCGAUGCAGAAGCUCUAGAGUAUUUGCAUCCACAAACUCUUUCUUGUUGUGCUGCAGUCCUUCCAAGCCAUAGAGAAGAAGAAGAAGAAAAAAAAAAAAUCCCUGGAAGAAGCCUUGAAGAAUGACUUCCCAAGUUCAUGGAUUUUCUGCUUAUGCAGGCUGCCUUCUCCACAGGCAGACAGAGCUAAUGAAUACCUCUCACCUUACUGUGAUGAGUUAUAGGUGAGGCAGGAGGAGGUGGAACAUAUUUGCCCAUCUGCUCCAUACUGAGGUUUGCAAGAGCAAGGACACUGGCUGGAGGCAUAGCUCAGCAGUUGAGCAUGUGCUUUACAUGUGGGAGGCCCUGGGGUCGAUCCCCAGCAUCACAAAACAAUAAAUAAAUAAAUAAAUAAAUGGGUCAAGGACAGAUCCAGGCAUGAGCACUGGUAAACCAAGACCCUGAGUCUCCAUCUUUGCCUGUGAAGAGGAGGGUCUCUUUACAGACCUCUUGGUGUCUGUUAGAACUAAUGAUUCUACCACAUUCUGACCAUGAAAUGACCGAUCACGACAUGCAGCUUCCAGUAAAGCAGAGGACACACAGGAGGAGACACUGGUAUUAAAUUAUAGCCUCCAAUUUCUAUUUAUUUAUUUAUUUUGGGAGUGAGUUGGGGAAGUUGGAAGCGAAGAAGCUGGAGACCCAGGAAACCAGGGGCAAUGUUUACAAGGCUGGUGGACAAGUGUAAAUAUGAAACAAGAGCAAAUGGUUCUAAUUAAUUCCUUCCUCUGCAGUAUAGAAACCUAUUACAAUACCCUUGAGUCAAGCACUAAGAUACGUUCCCCAAUUAGGGGAAUAAAUUUGCUAAUAAAAUUGCUGAGGUCACCAGUGAUUAUUGGUGCG